AAGUACCAGUAUUAUAGAGAUGAUGUACCUUUUUGAUGGAGUGGGACUAGGUGAUUGAGGAACUCUAUUGUAGACGCCAGAUGUACAUUGAGGAUGUUCCUGAAAAUGUUGUUUUUUAAGUGACAGAACAUUUUAUUGUUGUAAGAUGUGAACGUAGAACAUAACUUUGGAAAUAUGAAAUCAAAUAAUUUGUUUCGAGAUCAGGUGAACUCGGUGACUAAUUUGUUUGAGAAAUGGAGUGAAUGUGAACAGACAGUGGCUCUAUGUACACUGUUUAAACAGAUUUCUCCUACACAAUGCCGAUUCCUGGCUCAAGUGUUGGACCAGACGGACUGUACAGAUAUAAGCCAGACGGAGAAUGAGGCCAAUGAUCCAGGAUAUAUUCACAAAUUGGCCAACAAUGAUUCCAAAGAGUAUACUAUUGGACAGCUCCUAGCUCAUCUUCCACUGCUCCGAACAGGAGAAAAUCAGGCCAAGGUUGAAUAUCUAUCUUUGAUCUCAUCCAUAUUGGGUUACACAAUUCAAAAUGGUACUCAUAUUGAAGAAAGUCGGCAGAUUAUUUCAUAUUCAUUGAUGCAUCCUGCAAUUACAAGUGAUGAACGUUCAGAAUUUACCUUAUGGAUUGGGAAGCUAGAAGAACAGUUCACAUAUAGUAUUCAUCCUCAACAAAAGAAGUCUGUGAAAGAUGAGGAAAGUAUUAGUCAAUCUCUAGGGAACUUGAACUUAAAUUUCAAUGCCACACACAAACCAGUUGAGAGUGGGAGAACAAAUGGCUGGCCUGUACACCCACCGGGAGAUCCCCUUGUCAUCAACACGAUGGACCCAAUGCCUGUCCCGCCUAAUGAUCUCCUCAUCACUCAACAAAAUCUCAUCAAUCAGCGACAACAUCAAGUACCCCCACCUCCACCACCUAACAGUAGUCAAAUAAGCUACAAUCACACUGCCUGCAAGUCACACCAUCCACCUCUCCAGCCAACUAAAUCAGCUCCACCCAACUUCAUAUCAGUGCCUUCUUCACAAUCUUCACUGAACCCUGGUUCACGAGUUCAUCAGCCAUUAGCGAGGACCCCGUCGGUGUCAGUGGUACCUCCUAGCUCCAUCCUAGUGCCAAACCACAUCAAUGACUGGCUACAGUCAAGUGAGGAUCAGUCCUCACAUUCCUCAUCUGAUAGGGGGCGCUCACACUCCAUGACUUCAUCAGACCAUGCUCCACUUUCCCCACAGAGCAGUAUCACAUCCUCUAGUAGCAGUAGUGGCGACACCCAUCAAGAUGAUGGUCCACAGCCAGUCAAAAAUAGCUUUCUGGAGGAAGGCAGUGGAAUGAGGGAUGUACCUUUAUGGUUAAAAACUUUGCGCCUUCACAAAUAUGCCUAUAUCUUCCAACAAUUAACUUAUGAAGAAAUGAUGAACCUGACAGAGGAGUGGUUGGAAUCUCAGGUACAAUGGAAUGUAACGAAAGGUGCUAGAACAAAAAUUGUGCUCAGUCUGAACAAGCUUCGUGAAAGACAGUCCUUGCUUCGCUCACUUGAAAAGGAGAUGAUGGAUGGUGGAUCUGUAAAGGCUGCUCUCACAGAGAUGAAAGUUAUCAUCAAUACCCCAAUGAAGGCGUUCUCCCAGGACACUGACCGACUCCCAUCUGUACCUUCAGGUUCAGAAGGAAGCGAAUACUCUUAUAUUGUUGAAGGGGACCUGGUUGCACAGUUUACCAGAGUUAUGGGCAAAGUUUGUACACAGUUGUUGACGGCCAGCCGUCCAGAUGAUGAAUGUUUUAAUCUCUACCUCAGUCUCAUUGACAAGUGUAUCAAUCAUGAGGCAUUUACACAUAGACAAAAAAAACUGUUAUCCACCUGGAAGCAAGAAACACAGAGAAUAUAUCAACCACCACUCAAAUACAGUAUGGAUAGGAAACUGAAACAAGGAUGGGGUAAUACAUUUCCUCUUGGUGCCUCAUUGCGUGGAGGUUUAAACCAAAAGGUCCAACGUCAGCCCCGUACAACUACACAGUGGAGUUUUGGUGCCAAAAGGUCUAUAGUUGGAGGCACUACCAGUGGUCACCUUCCUCUGACACGCAACACCUCUCUCAAUCCAGCACUCUUCUCUCGGCCAGGAUUUGUUGAGGGCAAGCAGCCAGUGACAAGAACCCAUUCUGCUCCUCUGAGGUCUCCAAAUCUUGGUCUGGCUGUGUCAGAUUGUGAAUCUACAGCAGACAAUGCAGAAAACUAUGCUCAGCUGGAUUCUCUGUGCAUGAGUGUAACAGAACAUGCCCUUGGAGGGCCAGAUUCUGGAGAUAAAGGUUCAGGAUUUUGAAAAUAAUGAAGAAAGAAAGAGUGAAAAAGCAGCUAGCAGGAAUGUGUACAGACAUAACUUAAUUCUGUAUGAGUUAACUUUUAUGAGUUUAUGUUAAGAGUUUGUUUUAAUAAAAUCAAGGCUAUAGGGUCAAACCCAUUAAAGACAGAAUUAUCAAUGUUAUGAAUAUUUGCUUGGUCUGCUGUGGUGUGUAUGAGGAUGUUUUUUUUUCUUCUCUGUAGCUUUGUAUCUAUUUCACCAACCAUUGUUUAAUUGCCUGUGUUUUCAUCUUUACAUUUUUUUUUUUUUUUUUUCUUGUAAUUUACACUUGAAUGAAUCCACACCAAGAUGUUUCCUAGCUACCAUUCAUAUACUAGUGACAGUAUAUGUAAAUAGAUCAUAUAACCUUGUGAUUGUGGCGUGUUCAAUAUUCACCAAUAUUUUGCGUUGUUAUUGAUUUGUUGAAUUUUUUUUUCUUUCUUUCUUUUUUCAUAUCAAGCUUUUUCAUAUUCUUCCAAACUCAGAUGUGUAUUGUUUAUUUAAUUUUAUAAGACAUAGAAUGUUUUGCUGUUUAAUUUUAGAUUUUAGUUGAAUGUAUAAAAAAAGUAUGGUUACAGCCGGAUCUGAUACCUAUCUUGAUUUAUGUGUACGCAUACUGUGUAUAUGUCUAUUAUUUAACAUUAUGAGUUACCUGUGAUCAUCGCUUUAUAACUUAUCAUUCAUAAAUUCACAGAGUGCCUUUUGUCAUAAGAGAUAAAUGUAUACUGAAAGGUUCUGCCAAAAUCUAUGCAUGCACAAAUCAACCAAAUCGGUGCAGUAUUCCAUGGGUUAAAGUUGGCGUCUUUGUACUGAUGGACCUAUACUUCAGUGUCAAAGACACUUGUUUUAUUAUUUGAUGGGAGUGAGGAUUCUUGCAUAAAGAAUUUGUCUAAAUACAUUCUUAUUAAGUCUGAGUAGGAGAAAGAAUGUCCAUGCCUUUACAGAAUGUGUUUGGCAUAACAGCAAGUGAAAAAUGUGAUUUUAUGAGUUUUGUCUGGGGUGAAUCUACCAUGGCCAGUAAUUUUUGUAUCAUUUAGUAGUACCUCCUAUAUAAAGUGUUAGAACCAUGAAGUGUCAGUUUGAGAAAAUAUCAAACCUUAUAUUAGACUGGUAGAUAUUUGAUGUACAUGUGUAACAGAUAUAAUGAUAUUUAUUUAAAUGCUGUGUAAAGAGUUUAGAGUUCAAGAUUUGACAUAUGUUGAAGUCUAUUAUGUGUAGUGAACCAAAAUGGACAAACAAUAUCAAAAAGCAUACUGAUGUUUGGUUAUGUUAUCAUUUUUCCAAGACUUAACCCAACAACUAUCAUCUUCAGUCCUUUAGUAUCCGUUUACAGAGAAUAAUCCUGGUUAAUUGCAGGGUCUGCAUGUUGUGCUGAUCCUCUGCAUUUGAUAUUUUCGAUGUUCAGUAUUUCCUUUCAAAAUUUUUAUCUUUUUUAAAUUGUAAUAAACAAGGCAUAAUGUCAGUUGAUUGUACAAGGGAUGUCGUGCCCACAUUUUUACAAUUGAUGUCAUGUCAUUUUUUGUACAAGGAAUGCCAUAUCAUCAUUUGUUCAAGGGAGGUCUUGUCAAAAGAUGUUGUUUGUAAAAAUGAUGUCAUAUAUAGAUAUUGUACAAAAGAUGGUGUGUCGUUGGUUUUACAAAAGAUGGUGUGUUGUUGCAUUUACAAUGAUGUCAUUAUCCAUUGUACAAGAGACGUCAUGUUCUUCAAAAGGAAAAUCAAUGGGAUUGUACAAAAAUUUCAUAUCUGAAUGUGUCAUGUUGGUUUAAGUGGUUGCGUGUGUUAAAAGUGUGUGCCAAGUGUGUUGAGAAUGUACAAUAAUGCAAGAUUUAUCCCUUUUUUCUUUUUUUUUUUUAUGUUUUUGUCGUUUUAUGUAUUUGAGACGUGUAUUGAAUGUGUGAUAUCUUUCGUGUAAUAGUCAUUGGCACAAGCAGUACUUGAUGUUCGUUAUAUUAAGGAACAUAUGUGUGAUUCCUUGGUCAUCUUUUAAUUUGUCUUGUGCCAUUACUAGAAAAAGUGCCGUCAUUUUCUUGUUAAUGUGUCUCACAUGUUUAGGUAUCUCUGCCGGUACAGAGAUCAAACAACCGUAGCCCAAAUGUACAUUUAUCACAAUUUUAUAGAAGUACAUGGCUAUCUUUGGUUGUAAUUAUCACACUCAGAGUAAUUAUAUCCCAUAUAUAUAUAGAUUUUAGGAGAGUAUGUUAAUACAGAGGAUGUACAUUUCAUUAAGAGAUAUUCUAUAACACCAUUGGUAAUGUUGUGGGAACUAUUAUACAUCAGAGUUAUGAUGAUUUUAUGUUAAGUUUGUAUUUUUCUUGCUGUAGUAAUACAGUGCCUGUAAUUUUUUCCUAUCUGUAGCAAUGCAGUGUUUAAUAUAGCAGAGAAAUCUACCCCCAAGUUGCACUUCUUUUAAAAGAUGCAAGUUUUUGUACAUUUUUCUACUAAAAUGUAAUAUUAAAGUACUUUUAAUUAAAAAAAAAAAGUUUAAUCUUCAGCAACUGCUGUUUUUAAUGUUGAAGCUGAUUCCGUCUAACUUUUCAAUACUGCUAUAAUCUGUAGAUUAAAUUUGACCGAUUAUUAUGGAUGGAAGUGGUUAGGCAUGUCUAUUUGAUGUGUAGUGCUGUUGUGGUAAUUUUGAUUUUUAGUUUGGUUUCCUAUAAAUAUUUCAAACAAUCUGAUCAUUGAUUAUUGAUGCAGUGCUGAGGAACUUCAUUUGUGUUUGAUAUGGAAGGUAUGCCUUCUGUAUAUUUUUACUGCCUCACACUGUAGAUAACUUUAUGUUGUGCAUUCACAUUUCCAUUCUUCCUCAAUAAUCCUACCGGUAACUGUUAUGGAAAUGACACAUUUUAAGAAAGUAAAAGUUUUCACUUCUGAGUUUGAAUAAAGAUUGAAAAAAAAACCACCCAAAAUAUUUAUCAUAUAUGAAUUUAUAGUGCAUGGUUUCUAUAAAUUACAGUUCAUUGAUGUGUUAAUACAUAAACAUUUAUGUAAAGUUUUUUUUCUACUAUUGUGACAAAUAAUAAUGACAAAUUGAAAUGCAGCGUUUCCAUUUUGAUAAACUGAAGAUAUGUACAUCAUUGGUGUAUUUGCUCUAUUUAAUAUAAAUUUUAGUGUUUUUUGAUAUUUUAUAAAUUACUGUGUAGGUGUUAACAAAACUACUGCUAUUUACUGUUACUAUCAGUUUACACUAAUAUCUGACAAAAAAUUCUCUAGCAAAGGGUUCUUGUGUUAACCUGGUCAUAUGAAGUCAUUUGUAGACUUUGGUCGGAAGGCUUAACCAAGCUUAUAAGUGUCAUUGUUGAAUAUUUAUGAAUUCAAUUACAACUACAGACCCAACAUGUUUGUAUUUAACUUUGGUUUAUUUCUAAAUGUAUUGUAUUUAUAACUUAUUUGUAAUACAAGUAACCUUUUGAAAAGCUCUAAAAAGCAUGAUUAACCAGUGAUUGAAGAACCUUGAUGUAUGAAUUUUAUAUAUCUUAUAUUUGUCAGCAGGAGUAUGUUAUAAAUUGUUUCCUUUUACUGAAAUUUCCUGUGCUUUUAUAACAGCUUUUCUUUUUGACAUUGAAAGUUACAAAGCAACAUCAAGGCAAAGACAUUUUUUUUAACUUAAUCCCAUUUAGUGUGUACCUGUAUAGAGAUACAUUACACAAGUUCAUGUAUGGAAAAACUUGUUGGCAGUUGGACUGUAAUAUAAUAGAAUUUGUACAAAUUGUUUCUUGUUGUGUUGAAGUUAAAGUUUAUAACCAAGUUCUGGCAAAAACUAAAGUGUUAAUAUUUUGUUACAUUGUUAUGUAUUUUAGAGAAUUUAAGAAUGAAAUUCCAAUUUAAAUUUCUUUAGCUUUACUUUAUGUGUAUGUUAAAAGUGUGGAUAACACUGUGAUAAUGUUGUAUCACAGUGGUAGUGUAUACAGGAAAACAUGGAUAUGAUGUAUGCUUGGUACAAACUGAACUUUAGUCUUUGCUUAAAUUCUAUUAAUUCAUAAGUUGCUAUCAAACAGAUAUGGGGCAUCCUUGAUGAUUUAAGUACCAACCUAGUUUCAGGAAAUAUUCCUGCUCUUACAGAAAUAGAACUUUGACACAGUGUAACACUCUUUGAUAGUGCAUUUAUAUGGUGAAGGAGGGAUCCAUACGAAUCUUAAAAGAACAAUUCUCAAGACAUCAUUGUACACUGUUGGACGUAACAGUAACUGAACUAUAUUACAAACAUGUGACAUUAAAAUCCUCCACCAUUCCUGUUUAUGUACUACAAUACCAGUAUUACCACUGCAUUGCCAAUGCCGUCUGUAUAAAAAUACAAAUAAUACACUGAUAUGACAAAGAGUUUUGCUUUUCAGAGCAUGACCUAAGCAGGCUUGUGACCUGGUAGUCCAAACAUCACUUGAAAACUUAGCUACACAUGUGUAUAUCGUAUGUAUAUCCAUAGCAUGACGUACCUGUUACAGUAUUAUAGUGUUGUACCACCUUCCAGACCUUAGAGGUUUCCUUAGAUGUCAUACCAUUUUUCAGACGUAAAUUGCAUAGCAAUGUCCAUUGGUUUAAAGCUAGUGUUAGCAAAAUAUGAUCACAGAUAAGGUAUUUAUGAUUAUUGUAACAAGUUCUUCGUUUUAACCUGCACUUGUUAAAAUGAAUUGUUUUGGGAUAUUUUUAUUCUUGUUACUAUGAAAUGAAAAAAAAUUGUUUGGAAUGGGAAAAAAAAUUUGAUGAACAUGCAAUUUUGUAACAGGUUCUACAGGGUAUUUGUUUCAAUUGCAAAAUGAAUUUUGUUCAUUGCCAAGUGAACAUUUAUCUUCAGUCUGGAAAUGAUUGAUUAACCGUGAUUGAAUAAUUAAAACUGGUAUUGUAACUAACCCCCCACGUGCAAAAGUUCAUGUUUUCUAAAUAACCUUGAGAAUUUAACAACCUUUUUAACCUGUUGAUAUUAUUUACAUAAUUGUAUGGUAAUGAAGAAUUUUUUUAUCUUGUACUCAAUACUACUUAAAAGUGCUUUAUUCUGUGUAAAUCAAAGUUAGAACUUAAAUUAACUUUGCUCAAUUUUGAAUAUAGAUACUAAUAUUUACAUGUGGCUCUAUGACUUUGGAGGUGUGUGUGAAGUAAUCUUCCCUGCUUUCAUAUUUAAACCAUCAUGAACUGAAAUUUUAUCACCUGCCAGAUAACCAUCCAUGACUAGUAGCAUACAAAGAAAUAUUGUUUCUCUGUACCCACACAUUGACGAGAAACCAAUUCUAUGGUUUCAGUUGUAUUUUACAUGUGCAGAGUUUAUAAUGAUGAAGUUGUACACAUUGAUUUUUACGAGUAAGUUGGUAGUUUGUCAGAGGAAUUAUCCUGGAAGGGAAAUAAAUGGUCUUGUUCUGAA